AGUUAAAGGGGCACGUGGAAAAGGUGAGGGGAAGUCAGGGGUAGAGAUUCAUUAAAGCGCCUCUGUGUUGAGGGGCGUUUGGAGAUAGCUUGGUACCUCCCCUCCUUGUCCUGCUCCCUUCAGAAUUUUUUAAGUCGAAUUUCCAGAUCUUACCUAGUCUCCACUCCUAGGACUGUUUGCAGUGAGUUAGAAGGGUAUUUAUGCUCUUACUGAUAGUAGGUUAUUUUCAAAAUCCAGUGACUUUAUGAUUUUUUAGGCACUAGUCAUUGCCGCAGAUUGCAGCUGAGGACCGACUAUUCAGUAUCUGUUUUUGUAACUGUUGGCACUUUAUAUCGUAGGGAAGGGAGUUGUUAAUAUGGUUUGUCUUUUCUUAUGAAAAAUAAAAUUCUAUAUCCACCCUCUUUUUUAUUUUAUUAUUAUUUAUUUAUUUAUUUGGUUUGUCUGCCCUUGGAAGAGGGUAAAGCGAGUUGGUAGAAAGGCUCAAAUAAAGAAGUGGAGCACCUGGUGAGGACGGGAAAAGUGAAUAAUGACUGGGUGUGGCCCCGCCAGCCACCUAAAUCAUCCGCUCUGUUAACAUCAGGUCACUGUCUCCACUCCCCACUUCCCAGCUACUGAAGCAUCUAUUUAGGUUUUUUGUUUGUUUGUUUGUUUUUUGAGACAGAGUCUCUGUUGCCCAGUCUGGAGUGCAGUGGUGCGAUCUUGUCUCACUGAAUCCUCCGCCUCCUGGGUUCAAGCGAUUCUCCUGCCUCAGCCUCCCGAGGAGCUGAGAUUACAGGCGACCGCCACUGCACCCGGCUAAUUUUGUAUUUUUAGUAGAAACGGGGUUUCACCAUGUUGGCCAGGCUGGUCUUGAACUCCUGACCUCAAAUGAUCCACCUGCCUCGGCCUCCCAAAGUGCUGGGAUUACAGGCGUGAGCCUCUACACCCGGCCAGAAGCAUCUAUUUAGGCUUCAGAAAUUCCCUUGAGAACUUAACUAACCUCCUAACUUAGCCAGGAAAAAUGAUAAAGAGACUCAUGAGACAGCAUUACAAAAGAAUUAUGAAAACCUUUACUGUGACAACUACUAAUAAGCCUUCAUGGAAGGAGAGGUAUACGCUCCUUUCCUACCCUCCUAAAGUCUUUGGUGGGCAUGCAGCUUUUCUAAAUACUUUGCUAAUCUUCAUAGAGAUUAUUCGGUUACUCAGCUGGGGGCUAUCCUUAUGCACAAGUCGCUGAGCUAGGUAAUUCAUGAACAGAGUUGUGUAAAAAGAUCAUAAUCUGGAUUCUCAGGAGUUUGAGGGAAGAUAAUGUCUGCACACAAUUACUUGCAAGAUAAAGCAUUACAGAGUAUGUACCACAGAGGAAGUAAAAACUAGAUUCAGUAAGAAUACAGAUGGGAGGGAUUCGUGAGGAGUGGCUUUUGAGCUGGCCUUAAAAGACUACUUUUAGGGCAUUCUCAGCAGAGUAAUAUAGGGCCCUCUGUAGUCUGGGUACUUUUUCUCUAGGCAGAAGCGAGCCACUAGUGGUGAAAUGGAGUGAUAUCUCUACCAGGCCAUGAGCUCAGCAAUAAUUUACCCAGUAAUCAUUGGCCUUUUGCCAGGCUUUGGUUAGUAAGGGGGACAUAAAAAGGAGAAUAAGUUUCCAAGGAGACCUUCACACUUCCAGGUCCCUCUGCCUGCAUCCCACAUCUCACUGGAUAUCCUUUUUUAAUUCACUACAUGGCUCUUUGCCUUACUUUUGUCAGGCUUAUGCUCAGAUAUCACCGAAUAAGAGAGGACUUCUUCAGCUACCCUUUCCACAAUAGCAUCCAUGUUUCCUGUCUUUAUUUUUCUUCUUCUCACUUCCUGACAUUUCCUAUAAAAUAUAUUUUGUCAGUUUCUUACCCUAGACUAUGAGCUUCAUGACAGGAGAAAUUUUGUUUUGCUCACUACUGUAUUCCCAAUUCAUAGAAGAUGGCCUGACGAUGAGGGUGCUUAAUAAAUACUUGAUUGGAUUGAAGAGCCUCCCUGGGAGACAGAUAAGAGCUGACAGUUACAAAAUGAUUGUAAAAUGGGCUUAAAAGCAGAGUAGUACUUGGGAAACAUAGAGAAGGGAGAGGCCUGCCUCUACGUAGGGUGGAAGAAAUUGUCAUGGAGAAAGUGUCAUUUGCAUGGCAUCUGAAAAGAACCUGAGGCUUAGGUGGAUGUGGCAGGAAGGGCACUCCAGGCAUGCAAUGAUUGACUUGGCCACAGCACGGAGUGCCUGUGGUGAGAGGCAGAAAGACUCCAAAGCUCUGUUAAGGAGAGUCACAUGUCAAGAUUUGUAUUCCAGAAAGAUACCCUAGACUGAAGAGUGGAUUGAAAGGGAGAGUCCGGCCACAGGAAGUUUAUUUAUUCUGUUUUAGAGGUCCAGGUGAGAGAUGAGAGGAUCUGAACUAAAGCAGAGGUGGAAGAAACAGAACAUAGGAGAGAGAACAGAGCUGGUAAAAACCUCUACUAUUAGACGAGGGGUUGGAAGUAGACAGGUCAGGAUACCUAUCCUGAUUGUAGCAAUUUAGGGGUCAUUCAUCAGGAAUAAUACUGUGACUUGACUUUCACUGCCUCCUCUAGCUUCUGUGUCUGCUUCUGUUUGUGCAUUUAUUCAUGGAGCUGACGUUGUUACUGGUGGAGGGUGUCCAGGUUCUUAGCAUCUUGAACAAAGAAUUGGACAAAACGCACAAAGCAAAGAGAAUGAACCAACAAAAGCAGAUACUUAUUGAAAAUGAAAGUACACUCCAGUGAGGCAGUGGGUGGAGCAUAUGGGCUCAAGGGUCCCCUUACAGAAUUUGUGGGGGUUUAAAUACCCUCUAGGGGUUUCCAUUUAGUUACUUGGUGUACACCUUAUGUAAAUGAAGAGGAUGAAGUAAAGUUACAAAGUCAUUUACUUGGCAUAUGCCCUAUGGAGAGGAUAUUUCCUGUCAUAGCCAAAGUGUGAAUCGGCCUUUUGUUCCCUGCCUCCAGACCCUAUUUUCCUGCCUCAGUGUGGACAAGGAACUGUGUAAGACGUGAAGGACAAGACAUUUCAGUUACAUCAUAACUCAUAAAAUGUUAGAACUAGGAGGAAUUUCAGAGAUUAGCUCAGCAUCUGCUAGGAGGUUGUUUUUGUAGUUGAUUAAAAUUGACUUUUUUAUUUCAGCUCUUGGAUGCUUAAACUACACCCAUUUUCAAACCUCUCAGAACAAUUCUGAAUAGGAAUUUUCAGGAGACAUCCUGAAAUGGAAGGGACAAUGCUACUGAUUUUACAUUUUUAAUUGAGUCUGUUUUACAGUUAUUAAUUCACUUCAUUGAAUAAAGACCUCCCCGGGAUUAAAAAAGUCUUCUAACCAGCCUAGACCUAUGCUUCCUGAAGUGUAAUGCAAAUGAAAGAACAGUGGAAAGGUUUUCUGAAGCCUUAAAGCAGUCUUGCUUUUGUUAGGAAUUAGCUUUGCGUCUUUAGGUAAUCAAGUAACCACUUAGGGUGUCACUUUCCUUUUCUGUAAAAUAGGAGGUUUAAUCUGCAGUGGUUCUUUUUUUUUUUUUUUUUUUUUGAGAGUGAGCCUCGCUCUGUUGCCCAGGCUGGAGUGCAGUGGUGCAAGCAACCUCCACCUCCCGGGUUCAAGUGAUUCUCCUGCCUCAGCCUCCCAGGUAGCUGGGACUACAGGCGCGUUCCACCAUGUCCAGCUAAGCCUGUAGUCCCAGCACUUUGGGAGGCCGAGGAGGGCAGAUCACGAGGUCAAGAGAUCAAGACCAUCCUGGCCAACAUGGUGAAACGCCAUCUCUACUAAAAAUGCAGUGUUUCUUAAUUUGGGUUUCACACUGUAAUCUCCUGGGAUGCUUUAAAAAGUCCUGAUGCUUAAAUGGUACCUCCAGAGCUUCUGAUUUUAUUGUUCUGGGGUGAAUCCUGGGUUUUCUUUUCUUUAAAACCUCUCCCGGUGAUUCCAGUGUGCAGCCAGGUUCCCACUCAAAGAAAGGGGGGAAAAAGUCUUAAUAAUGGGCUAACUGAAUUGUCCUUCUGUGGGUAGAUUUGCUCAUCAAAUCACAGUGCACAAAUAGGGUAAGCUUGACAUUAAUUGUGGAGUUGUUGCUAUAUAGGAAGCACUAUGCUAGACAGUAGGGAGGAUAAAAUCUCUGCUUAACACAGUCAGAACCAACAAACAGCCAGGCGUGGUGGCUCAUGCCUGUAAUCCCAGCACUUUGGGAGGCUGAGGCAGGCACAUCACCUAAGCUCAGGAGUUCAAGACCAGCCUUGCCAACAUGGUGAAACCCCAUCUUUACUAAAAAUACAAAAAUUAGCUGGGCUUGGUGGCAGGCACCAGUAAUCCCAGCUACUCUGGGGGCUGAGGCAGGAGAAUUGCUUGAACACGGGAGGUGGAGGUUGCAGUGAGCCAAGAUUGCACCAAUGCACUCCAGCCUGGGCGACAGAGCGAGACUCCAUCUCGGGGAAAAAACAAACAAACGACAAACGAAAAACAUAGGUGAAACUCCUCCCUUUUGGAACAGAUCAGUUUCCCAAAAGUGGUAUUCUGUCUAUUUCUUUGAAAACUGACAAAUGUGGCAACAUGUAUCACCUGAAUUUUUUUUUUUUUUAAAUCUAUGUGUUUUAACAGGAGGAUCUUUCCAAGAGCAAUGUGGGAUGAAGUGACUGUUGUGGUUGCUGAGGGACUUAAACUGGCUUUUUUGGUGAAAAGGGAUGUAGCAAGUCAGGGAGGCAGAGGGAGUAAGUUGCAGAGGAAGACUGGUAUUCAAGACAUGACUAUAGACUAGUGAGUCAGGAGAAUAGGGUGCAACCAUCUUAAAAGGGCUCUGAGUAAAUAGGGACUUUGGAUUUAACUCAAUUAGCCAAGAGGGAAGAUGAAGAGAGUAGCAGAAUCAAAACUGUGCUUUAGGAUGAGUAAUGUGGAUCCAUAAAUUAAACAGGAGGAACAAGGGAUACCACAAAGUUUGCAGUUGAUCAGAAGUGAGGUGAAAAAGGACUGAGCUGGAUUAUGGUAGAGAAAUGGCAAAGAAAGUGACAUUUAGAAAGAAAAUGAUUGAUCAGUGCUCUCUGGCUCCUAGCGCAGUGCCUGGAAUGCUCAAUACUGGUUGAAUGAAUGACUCGAUGAAAUUGGGCCAUAUGAAAUAGAGAAAGAUUUGGAGCAUGAGGAAAUAUAGAAAGCACUAAAACUUCUGUAUUCUAGAGUUUGGUGUAUUGAAAAAGGAAUAAGGCAGUGAUUAACUCAACCAUAGUCUCACUUGUAGGCUGUUUCUUUCUUGAUAUAUUUACCAGGAUCCAGGGACUCUCUCUGAGCUCUGCAGGAGAAGAAAAUGAAUUUAUCAGCUCCUCUGUGUACAGGGGAAUGGAUUCAUGAAAACUAACUUAAAGAGAUGGGUUUGUAGGCUGGAAUGCCACAUAAUUAUUAAAUGUGUCAAAAGCUAGGAAGUUUUUCUGACAAGGGUGGUACAUUCACUAAUGAUAGCAAUUCAUACACCCAAAGAUUGCUUUAUAAAAAUGGAAAUUUAGAGUCAAUAGAGUUUGUUAUUUUUCAAGAGCUAUUCCAUGAAGCAAUGCUAGCUGAUAUCCUCUUUUUUUAGGGUGAAUUUUCCAAACUUUUCCAGGGCCCACCUCCAAAGAUUCUGGUAUAGUAGGUUUGAGGGCUUGAAGAAAGCCUAGGACUCUGUGUUUAGCAGGUCCUCCAGUUAAUUUUCAUGAUGAGGAAAGUCUGGUAAACUUUACCUGGAAUUGUUUUUAAUCUUUAAGUAGUGGCAAAUCCUGGACUGGAGUGCAGCCCAGUGGUUUUGAGUAGGCCUAGUGGGCUCUUGCAGUUGUUUCUUAGAGUGAAAGGUGUGACCCCUUCUGCUCAGCAGUUUUGAUACUUGGGAGAUAUGCUUUCUCUAGGCUCAGCAUAUGUCUUAGUGACUCAGUAAUUGAAACAAGUCCAUUUGGAUAUUUUCCUGCUUUUUUAAUGUAGAGAGAUGUAAUAAGGUUAGCUAUUAAAAUAAAUAUAGUUCCUGUAUGAACUUUAUUUCAAGGUAACUAAAUAAUAGAUAAGAGAAAUUGAUCCCUGGUGGAAUUCCGAUUAAUGAAACAAAGAAUGAUAAAAUUUGUAUACCACCAUUUUGCAAUUCAUAAUGGAAAAAUUGAUCUAGAUGGUGAUCAUCAGUGACUGCUAAAAUCAUUAGGUGAAAACUGAUGGACACUUUAUACUUAAUGAAAUAGAUCAACACCCGAACCCAUGAUCAACCUGAUCAAUACCAAGAGGGAGACUUUAUGUUCAUCUUGAUGUAAUACAGAAGGAAAGAGGGAGCAUCCCUUAUCAGUAUUCUUGAGAAAAAAAAAAAUCAAACCCAAAUCUAAGCCUCUAGUUUACCUGUUUAUUGGAAAUACACCCAGGGAAUAGAGGAAUAUGUUAAAUCACAUCUCAGGUAUAAAUCAGUCAAAUCCAGAAUAUGGGAAAUUGUAUAGAUUUGCUACUUUCAAAGUAUGGUUUACAAACCAGUUGAUGUCUCCUGAGACCUUGAUAAAAAUGCAGAUUCUCAGUUUCUGUCUGCGGCCAACUGUUUCAAAAUCUGCAUUUUAACAAGAUUCCUAGGUAAUUCUCUUGUACCUAAAGUUUAAGAAGCAUUGUAUAAGGCACUGACCUAGUUUCUUAGACAAAUAGAAAAAAAAAAAAAAAGGGAAAACCAUUACAGUUUAAAAGAAAGUUAAGUAUCAUGUGUUUUUUAUAUCUUGAUUUGAACAAAUUAACUGUAAAAACAUUUAUGUGAUAACUAAGAAAUGUGAAUGUUAGUUCUAUAUAAGAUGAUGGUAUAGAGUUAUUGUUAAAAUUGUGGAUGCAAUGUUAUUGUGAUUUUUUUUAAAAGCCCUUAACUCUCAGAGAAGAUACAUACUGGAGAGUUUAAAAUAAUCUGAAGCAUGGGAGUAGAAAAGUAUAGUUAAAGUACAGUAGUCAUAUACUGAUAAUUUUGAAGCUGAGUAGUGGGUAUAUGGGGAUUUAAUAUACUGACUUUUGUGUAUGUAAAUAUAGUAAAUGUAAGUAUUAGUAAACAAAAAAAGGCAUAGAGUUGUAGUUUAAAAUGACAACAUUAAAGAUGACAAAUCAACUUUUAGUGUUCAAGCAGUUAUGAAGGAAAACUCAAAUAUGGAGGCCGGCAAGGAUAAAUUUACAAAAUGCAUAAUGUAAAACUGUGAAACCCAAAGGGAGGGAUUGAAACCAACUGUGCAAAAGUCAUAACUGAGAAAAUUAUGACAGUGAAAGAUAUCAGACCUAACUGAUCCCAUCUUGCUUCUAACCUCUGAACUGUCCUUGUUCAUUCUUGGUCGUGAAACCACCUUUUAUGCAAAAUUAUGACUGUGACAGUGAAAGAGAUCUAACCUACCUGUGACUCCAUCUUGCUUCUAACCUUUAAGCUGUCCUUGUUCAUUCCUGGGCAUAGGCUGAACUAACUUUGGGAGGAACUUAGUUUAUGGUUUAAAACAAAGAUGGUAACAGACUUUCCCAAAACAAACCUCCUCCUUGCCUGGGGACUAGACUGCCAUUGUCGGACUAAGAAAUUAUUCACAAGAUUAGAAAUUAUAGUUUAGGAGUCAUGCAGCUGGAGGCUACAAGAUUCUGACCCUCCCUAAACCGCUCCAAAGAUCAGUGCUUGAGAUAUUUUGCAGACCCUGCACUUGAUGGAUCAGGGGGCACUACCCAGUUCGAUUAACUGACUCUUCUGAUCUUGUGGCCCCCCACCCAGGAACUGACUCAGCAGAAGAGAACAGCUUUGACUUCCUAUGAUUUCAUCCCCGAGCCAACCAGUCUGCACUUCCAAUUCACUGGCCCCCACCCACCAAAUUAACCUUAAAAUCUGUGAUCUCUGGCUGGGCGCAGUGGCUCACAACCAUAAUCCCAGCACUUUGAGAGCCAAGGAGGGUGGAUCACCUGAAGUCGGGAGUUCAAGACCAGCCUGACCAACAUGGAGAAACCCCGUCUCUACUAAAAAUACAAAAUUAGACAGGCAUGGUGGCGCAUGCCUAUAAUCUCAACUACUUGGGAGGCUGAGGCAGGAGAAUUGCUUGAACCUGGGAGGUGGAGGUUGCAGUGAGUGGAGACCACGCCAUUGCACUCCAGCCUGGGCAACAAGAGUGAAACUCCGUCUCAAAAAAAAAAAAAAAUCUCUGAUCUCCGAGUUUUCGGGGAAACUGAUUUAAGGAAUAAUAAAACUCCAGCCUCCCGCACAGCCAGCUCUGUUUGAAUUACUCUUUCUGUAUUGCAAUUCCCCUGUCUUGAUAAAUCAGCUCUGUCCAGACAGCAGGCAGGGUGAACCCCUUGGGCAGUUACAAAAUCAUAUCUGAAAAUGUUCUCAGUAUCAUAGCCAUUAUGUCAAAUCAAAUGCCAUGCAUUCUACUUGAGUAAUUCACAGAAAACAGGAAACAAUGUUUCAUUACAGAAAGAUGUUGAAUAUAUGAUUUGCUUCCAGGGCCUUAAAUGUAGAAGGACAUUAAAAUUGGCCAUCAUUGGCAGGGUGUCAUUGGCCAGGCAUGGUGGCUCAUGCCUAUAAUCCUAGCACUUUGGAAGGCCGAGGCGGGCAGAUCACUUGAGGUCCGGAGUUUGAGACCAACCUGACCAAUAUGGUGAAACCCUGUCUCUACUAAAAAAAUUCAAAAAUAAGCCAGGCAUGGUGGUGCGCGCCUAUAAUCCCAGCUACUUAGGAGGCUGAGACAGGAGAAUUGCUUAAGCGAGGGAGGGAGGUUGCAGUGAAAAAAAUUUUAAAUAAAAUAUUUAAAAAAUUAAAUUGGCUGUCUAAAAGUGCAAUGCCUUGUUACUGGUAUUCCUUGCAAAUGAAUUAAAACUUGGACUGCCACAUCCUGAAUGUUACAUAGAUUUACAGCAGUUACAGUUAUCUCACCUUUAAGGCAAAUAUUUUAAGUUGCUAAGGCUAAUUUGUAUAAUUUUAAACCUCAAAGAUGAGAUCUAUGAAGUCUUUGAUUCUACAUGUGUAUUUUAACUACUUAGUAGCUAAGACUUCCACCAGAACAGUUCUCCCAAUACCCUUAACAUUUGCUGUGUAUUAGAAUCACCUGGGAAGCUUCUAAAACUGACUCUUGCCCAAUCCUCACCCCAAGAGAUCUGGAUUGAUUGGUUCGUUUCAGUGAUUCACAGAACUUAGCAUACAUAAGAAUUAUCUGGAAGGCUUCUUAAAACACCACUGCUGGGCUCACCCACAGUUUCUUUUUUCUUUAGGUCUGUGGUGGAACUCACAGUUUGCAUUUCUAUCAAGUUCUGAGUGAUGCUGCUGCAGAUGGCACUCUUUGAGAACCAUUGCUCUAGUUUCUUAAGCUACCCAAGUCAUUCUAAUGACAGCCAGGGUGGAGAACUGAGAGCCGCUUGCUUUGUAAUGUUGGCCCUGUGAUAAAGUGAGCUGGGAGUUUUCAGCCUUUUGGUCCAAAGUAGUGCGUAUAUUCAAACUGUAGACAGUAAAAUUGAUAUAAAGUGGUAGCACCUUGUUGGUUUUAGGUGGUGUUCCUUCACCAUUAAUGUGGCAGACUAAGAAGGGUAACAUUAAUGACCAGGCGAGAAACCCUGGUGAAGAGUAGAGCAGCUGUGUGAAGUACUGAGGCUUGCAUGAUUUUGCAAGGAGGGCAAGUGAGUAGAUUCAGAAAUGAGACUGAGCUGAUGGGGCCAAAACCAAUGCCACUCCUCUGACUUCCUCCAAGUGGUCUAGAGGACAUAUCAUUUCUCUCUUGGGUUCACAGAGUUAAAUGAGGCUCAGUAUUAUCAGCAGGGAAAGAGAUGUAAAGAAGGUGCAUUCUAAUCAUCACUACAGUUGAAUGCAGACUUCUAUUGAAAAAACUCUAGCGUAGGGAUCCCUGUUUAUACAUUGCCAGCUCAGUUCUCAUAGUGUAAUCAGAGGAUUCAAAAGUUCAAUACAACUUGCAUAUGUGAUAUCACUCCUGUCUCCAAAAUUGGAGAAUACAGGUUUAUCAUAACUUUAAUGAUUUUAGAUAUUUUCCUCUGAAAUUUUUUUUUUCUUGGACAGGCAUCUUUCGAGUCUCAUUGAUCCCAUUCCCAUUUCUAGAAGGAAGACAUUGGACUAGAUCUCAGGGAUUCUUCCAAACACUCACAUGCUGAGAUAAAUCAUUGAAAGUCUUAAAGUAUAUACGACUAAUGAUAGUUUUUAUGUUGACAUGAAAAAGAAGGAUUUCUUCUCAUCAGCCUGGUCUUGUCUUGUGUCCACUUUUUAUGUACAUUACAUCUGAGAUCCUACUGCCAAACCACAGAAGAGUGUGUGAAUUGCGUGGACUGGAUGUGGGGCAUUAGUGGGUGAGGGAGUUGAAGCCAUCAUUAUCUUACCUGCCAAAGUGCCUUUCAGAAUUUGCCCACUCAUCUGGUAUAACUGGUUCUGAUGGCUGGGAAUAAAGGAAGAGGACGUGCUGCUUAUACCUUUAAUAUUGAGGCUGUUGGAUUUAGCAAAGGUGAAAAGUUACCUGAUGUAGUGUUGAAACCACCCCCACUAUUUCCUGAUACAGAUUAUAAACCAGUGCCACUGAAAACAGGAGAAGGUGAAGAAUAUAUGCUGGCUUUGAAACAGGAGUUGAGAGAAACAAUGAGAAGAAUGCCUUAUUUUAUUGAAACACCUGAAGAAAGACAAGAUGUUGAAAGGUAUAGUAAAAGAUACAUGAAGGUAUACAAGGAAGAAUGGAUACCAGAUUGGAGAAGACUUCCAAGAGAGAUGAUGCCAAGAAAUAAAUGUAAAAAAGCAGGCCCAAAACCCAAAAAGGCAAAAGACGCAGGCAAAGGCACAUCACUCACUAAUACUGCAGAUGUGUUGAAAAAAAUUGAGGAAUUGGAAAAAAGAGGUGAUGGUGAAAAAUCAGAUGAGGAAAAUGAAGAGAAAGAAGGAAGCAAAGAGAAAAGUAAAGAAGGCGAUGAUGAUGAUGACGAUGAUGCUGCAGAACAGGAGGAAUAUGAUGAAGAAGAGCAAGAAGAGGAAAAUGACUACAUUAAUUCAUACUUUGAAGAUGGAGAUGAUUUUGGCGCAGACAGUGAUGACAACAUGGAUGAAGCAACAUAUUAGGCAUGAAAUUUUUCAAAAAAUAUUUUUAUCAUGCAGCUUCUGAACAUUUGGAUAGACUUGAUUUGUAUUUUAUUUCUGAUAAGGAAUAAGUAUUUGUUUCGUUUUUUGUUUGUCUUGGACAAAUAUUUGUUACCAAAAUAUUCAAAACCACUUUGAGUUUACAUACUAGUUACCUUACAAAUUAUUCCCUGACACUCUGACAUUCCUUCUAAACACCUCUGCCAUCUCUCGUAUGUACUCUCAUGGGUUUUCUUGUAUGAUUUGAAUAUGAAUGUGCCUAAAGAAUUUUUGCUCUCUUAAUCUAUGUAUACAUACUUGAACAAAUCAUUCUUGCUUAACUGCUGAUCUUUUGUAAAACUAUUGCUAGUCAUAAUGGAUUUCUAUAACCUGAAAGUUGAUAUAAUACGGCACGUGGAGCACUUUAAAAACAAAGAAACUUGAAAAUAAUUUUAUUUUUUACCUUUAUAUGGUGUGUUCUAGACUACUGCAUUAUGACUACAUAAACCUACCUGAGCUCUUACAAGUACAGAAUUGUGAGACAGAGGUUUUGUGAUGGAAAACAUACACAUAGGGAAAAAUACCAAACUGAGCAAUAUAAAUUUCACAGCUCACAUCUUAGCCAGUACAAAGAAACUUUCACAUGGGAUGAAUAAUAUAAAUACUUGAAUUUGAGACUAACUUAAUACUGUAUAUGAAUUAAUCAUCUCACUGUAAUAACUGACAUCUUCAAAUAGUUGGGCUUAUGAAAAAUUUGACUAAGACAUUUUAUUUAAUUUUAUACUUUAUGUAAAUGUGAAAUAAGUUCUGGUCAUAUAAAUAUGUAGAAUGCAUGUGUGUGAACUCUAUGAAGUGAAGUGUGGUGGCCUUUUAUGUUUCAGAGUACUCAAGCUGUACAAUUGAUUUAUAUAAAAAUGCAAAAUGAACUCAGGUCAUUUUGAAAUUGAGUAAUUUUUUUGUUGUUUAACUUUAAAGCUAGCUCCCCUAACUUUAUAUAUUUUUUGGGAAAAAAUACCUAAAAACCUUAGCCUACAAAGACUCUCACAAAUGCCAAAGAUUUUCAAGGAAAUUCAUAUUAUAUAUUUCAAAAAUGAUUUAUCAAUGUUAUCUACCAAAAGAAAUAAUUUUAUUUUUCCCCUUUGGGGAGAUAUUAUUAUCCUCUAAUGUGAGAAUCAGAUCCCUAGAUUCUAUUUCUACCUGUACUGUUAAACUCAACCUUGAACCUGAGCUUGGUUGUUUCUGUGCCUUAGUUUCUCCACUCAUAAACAAUUUCCUAUAAAAAUUGUUUAAACACCAACCAAAAUUUACCAUAUGUAUUCAUUCUCUUGCCUUAAAGAUCACUUCUUAACUUACAUUUGGCUCUCACCCUCUAAAAAUUUGUAGUUUGGAGAGUAACUGAAAGCACAAUUUUAGGAAACAUGUUUUCCUCACAAAAUAUAUUGUAAUCUGAUUUUCCCAUCUUGCAUUCAUGCAGAAAAUUGGAGAAAAUGUGUAUUGUCUUGUGCCAUUUUGCAGUAUGAAUUUCUCAGGAAAAAGAUCAGUUUCAAUGGCAAUACUUUCUUAAAUAAUUCAAGAUGGGUGUGAGGACCUAUCUUAUUAGUUUAGUGCUGUGUUAACCAUUUGUGAAUUACUUCUUGUUUAAAGGAAGUUGUCAAAAAAUUUUAAGAUUCUAAAUGGAAUACAUGAAUAAAGUAAGCCUUAGAAUAGAAACCUCACAAAAAGUUGUCAUUUGCGGUUGAUAAUUAACAUAGAUGUUUUAUUCUCUCAACUCCUUAGUACCAGAGCCAAAUACAAUUUAGUUUUCAGAAAUCUUAUCAAUAUUGUUGUUUACCUACUUAUAAAUCUGCAGAUGACCACUUGAACCAGGCAAAUACACUGAAGAUAAAGGUUAUUUCUUUUUUAGCUUUGAAUUUGUCAUGACCAUUUUAGUCUUGCAGAUAGCAGGGCAGCCCCUUGGGGCAAGGAUUUACUCUGGGAGGUACCGUUAAGAGCCUUCUUUCCCCCUUUGAAAGAUCCUUUUACAAUGUUAAAGUAUACUAGUUGCAAGAACAAGCAGGAUUUGCAGGUUGCUUUACCAGCAUGAGUCUCAUUUUUCUGGCUUAAAAUCUGAGACUGUGAAAUUAUUCCAUAGGAAAGUGAAUGUUAUUUUGCAGAAUUAGCCUCUUACAUAAAAGUAUUUGUUGAAGUGUCUUUAAAAUUGCUAUCAUGAGCAAAACUGUUUGGUUGCUGUAAUGCUUAUUUUUCUGUAUUUAUUUACACAUUAAAUUCUUACAAAACAAAA